AAUUAGGGGAAGAAAAGAAAGCUUACCUGAGAAUAUGAAACUUGAAAUGAAAUUUGAAACACGAAUGUGAGUUAACUAAUGAAGAGGACUGGAAGGGGAUGGGGGAAGCACAGAGGCAACCGCUUGUGCAAAGGCCCUGGGGCUAGAGACAGCAUGAUAUCUUAGAAAGAAAGCCUGUGUGGCUGGAGUGCAGGAAGCAAGGGCAGGGGACGUCCAGGAAGCUACUGAGUGAGGAGUGUGCUCAGCGCUUUAACCUAAAAGCCCUGGGAAGCCACUGAAUGAUGAAGAGAGAUAAACUUCCCUCAUAGUUUUUUUGGGGAAAAUAUCACCCUGGCUGUAGUAUGGAGAAGAGAUUGGAAGGAAAAGCAGUUAAUGGGCUUUUAUUCAGCUCAGGUGAGAAAUGGUGUGGCUUGGUGGUGGUGAUAUAUCUAUAUAUUUUGCAAGAAAUAUAUUGGCGUGCAAAGUUCUUGCUUGUUAACACAACAUUUGUUUCAGUUUUCUCAACUGAGUGGAAGAAAAGUCCAUAAUGAGUUUAUUCAGAAUGUAGUUAACACUCGGAUCUAUUUUGUCCAAGCAUGUAGCCCCACUGAAGGAUAAUUUAGCUCUUUGAUGGACAAAGAGCUGAAAGUCUCAUACAACCCUGCUAGAAGUCAUUUGGUUUAGACUCCCACCCCAGCACCCCAAAGCCAUCUAUCUCCCUUCUGCAGGAGCCCUCCAGUGGCAGGAGGUUGUCACUGUUACACAGUCACGACAGAAGGCCCCUGUGGGUGAUGUUCACCAAUCAGGGAACAAAUAAUUAAAACACCCGAUGGCUCUACUGGUUUUGGUGUUCGCACACUGAAUUUUCCUUCUCUUCUGAUCCCCCAGGAUGGCCUAUUUUGAGGAGCAAGGAGGUGUGCCCUGUGGCUUCACCCGCCAGAAUUCUGGCAACUCCAUUUCCUUGGACUUUGAGCCGGACGUGGAGUACCAGUUUGUGGAGCAGUUGGAAGAGCGCUACAAGUGUGCCUUCUGCCGCUCUGUGCUCCACAACCCCCACCAGACGGGCUGUGGGCACCGGUUCUGCCAUCACUGCAUCCUGUCCCUGAGAGAACUGGACGCAGUCCCACUCUGCCCUGUAGAUAAGGAGGUGAUCAAAUCUCAGGAGGUGUUUAAAGACAAUUGCUGCAAAAGGGAAGUCCUCAAUUUGUAUGUGUUUUGCAAAAAUGCUCCCAGAUGUAAUGCCAAGAUUAUUCUGGGACGAUACCAGUGCCCUGCUCCGCGUGUCCCACUGGCCUGUUGUUACCUGUUGCAGGACCACCUUCAGCACUGCCUGUUCCAGCCUGUGCAGUGCUCUAAUGAAAACUGUCAGGAGCCAGUCCUUCGCAAAGAUCUGAAAGAGCAUCUGAGCGCAUUCUGCCAGUUUCGAGAGGAAAAAUGCAUUUAUUGCAAAAAGGAUGUGGUAGUCAUCAAUCUACAGAAUCACGAGGAAAACUUGUGCCCUGAGUACCCAGUAUCUUGUCCCAACAAGUGUUUGCAGAUAAUUCCAAGAACUGAGGUGGAUGAACACCUGGCCGUGUGUCCUGAAGCUGAACAAGACUGUCCUUUUAAGCACUAUGGCUGUACUGUAAAGGAUAAACGGGGGAACCUUCAGGAACAUGAGCGUUCGGCCUUACGGGACCACAUGCUUCUGGUUUUAGAAAAGAACUUCCAACUAGAGGAGCAGAUUUCUGACUUAUAUAAGAGCCUAGAACAAAAAGAAAUAAAAAUCCAGCAGCUAGCGGAAACAGUAAAGAAAUUCGAAAAGGAGUUCAAGCAGUUUGCGCAGUUGUUUGGCAAAAAUGGAAGCUUCCUGUCAAAUAUGCAGGUUCUUGCCAGUCACAUUGACAAGUCCGCUUGGCUAGAAGUUCAAGUGCGUCAGUUAUUACAAAUGGCUAACCAGCAACAAAGUAAAUUUGAUCUGAGGCCUUUAGUGGAAGCAAUUGAUACAGUGAAACAGAAAAUCACCCUGCUAGAAACCCAUGACCAAAGACUAGUUGUUUUGGAAGGGGAGACUAACAAACAUGAUGCCCACAUUAAUAUUCAUAAAGCACAGCUGAAUAAAAACGAAGAGCGAUUUAAGCUGCUGGAAAGUGCCUGCUAUAAUGGAAAGCUCAUCUGGAAGGUGACAGACUACAAGUUGAAGAAGAAGGAGGCGCUGGAUGGACACACAGUGUCCAUCUUCAGCCAGCCCUUCUACACCAGCCGAUGUGGCUACCGCCUCUGCGCUAGAGCCUACCUGAACGGGGAUGGGUCUGGGAAGGGCACGCACCUGUCCUUGUACUUCGUGGUGAUGCGAGGGGAGUUUGACUCGCUGCUGCAGUGGCCGUUCCGGCAGAGGGUGACCCUGAUGCUUCUGGACCAGAGUGGCAAAAAGAACCACAUUAUGGAGACCUUCAAGGCCGAUCCCAACAGCAGCAGCUUUAAGAGACCCGAUGGGGAGAUGAACAUCGCCUCUGGCUGUCCUCGCUUUGUGGCUCAUUCCACUUUGGAGAGUGCCAAGAACACCUACAUUAAAGAUGACACCCUCUUCUUGAAAGUGGCUGUGGACUUAAGUGACCUAGAGGAUCUCUAGUCAUUGCUUCUGGGGGAUAAAAGGACUCCUUGAAUCCAGAACCUUUGGUUAAUGUAGUGACUGGAUCUGGGCUCAGUACACAUUUGUACUUGGCUUUUUGUCCUUAACGUGUGAAGUCAUUUUAAGGUUUCUCAAGUGCUGUCUUCUUUUUACAUUUUAUUGUCCCAGUUUGAAACUUAAAAUACUCAGACUAUCUUCUCAUUAUUUAUAUUUUUGUAUCUCUUGAAAGACGUUAAUUUUCUUAACGUAAGGACUGCUGCAUACCUCUUUAACUGGUGCUUAGUGUGGGUCUCAGGGUCUCAGCCUUCUAUAAUAUUAAAUGUCUUGGAGGACACAGAUGUAUUAAUAGAACUUCCAGUCGAAAGUGCUUUGAUAUUUUUAUAUUUGGCCUAUGGAUUCUAGAACUGACCUUAAGCCUACAAAAGCUAUCUUUUAGGGUAGGCUAUUUCGGUUAAGUAGAUGAGUUGUUGUUGUUAUUUAGUCAUUAUGUCAUGUCCGACUUUUUGCGACCCCAUGGACUACAGCCCACUGGGCUCCUCUGUUUGUGAAAUUCUCCAGGCAAAAAUACUGGAGUGGGUUGCCGUUUCCUCCUCCAGGGGAUCUUCCCAGCCCAGGGAUUGAACCUGUGUCUCCUGCUUGGCAGGCAUAUUUUUUUACCUGUGCCACCAGGGAAGCCCAAGUAGAUAGGUAGUGUACUUCGAAGUCAGUAUACCCAGUUUGGAUCAAACUUUUUUGGGUUAAAUACUGUAUUGUGGAAGCUACUACACUUUUAAUAUUUUCAUGAAAUUUACCAGUAGUCAGCAAGAACAGCUUUGCAAGGCUGCAUAAGAACUUGUGAAUAGAGUAUUUUCAUUCUUCCUGCUGAAGUAAAGCAGAAAACACUGCAUAGUAUAUAUAUAUACCUAUAAUGAUUUAUAGCCAUCCAGCUAAAGUUCGUAUCUUAUUAGAUCCAACCAUAUGAAAGAACUAUUUAUAAACAAAAUGAUCAAAUAUUAACAAUUUCAUAAGAUUCAACUUAAUAAAUAAUAUAUACGUACAUGUUUAAACAUAGCUUAGAAGUAUUUUGGUAGUUAUAGUAAAUUAAUAUGAGGAUGGGCAGAAUUUAGUAUAUGAUGGAGAAAGUGUCAUAUGGAUAAGAGGGAUUAAAACCUAGGGAGAACACCAUUACAAUUUCCUCUGGGUAUGAGAAUUCCCAU